CGCAGUGUGUCCCUUCUAACCUGCAAAUCCUUGUAUCUGCUCCAUAUUCCUCUACCAGAGCUAUGAUCUUCGACAGCAAAUCUCAACCAUGCAUUCCGCGAAACGAAAUGAGCCGCUUCCGCUACCCCCACUCCCCUACGUCUUAAGCGACACUGGAAGAUUUGAUGGCAACGACGGAAAAUGGUCGACGUUUUUCAUCAACAUCGGAGACGACGGGUCAGGCAAAGGCCAGAACUUUAGAGUGCUCAUCUCUACAUCCUCGCCGAAUACCAUUCUUCCAGGACAGACUGAAUGGUGCGAUAAGGAGUGCGCCAAGAAGCGCGGAGUUGAGAUUUUCAAUGGACAACAGCCUCUUGGUCUCCAGGAAUCUGCGCAAUGGAAAGCGGACAACACUUAUGAUGUACCUAUGCCGUAUUGGUGGUCAAAUGCGUAUAGGAUCGAGCAGACUAACGCCACUGGUGGGCUGUGGGGGGUCGACAAUAUUGGCUUGGGGACAAGCUCUCUAGAGAGUCCCAUAUUGGCCGAACAGUAUGUCGUAAAGACUCUGACCAAGGACUCUUUUAUGGGCUCCUUUGGCCUCGCUGCAGGAUCCAUAGGCCCGUCUGGCGGAGACAAGCCAACUUUCUUGGAAAACUUUUAUUCCGCGAAUAGGAUCGCAAGUCGGUCCUACGGGUAUACAGCUGGUGCUUCGUACCGGAAUAACGGCAAUGGAAUACCGGGGAGCUUAGUCCUGGGUGGCUACGACAAAGCACGAUUGACUACGCAAGGCACAUCGAUUCGCAUGCCGAACAAGAGCAACAAUACACUUGCUGUCGGCGUCCAGUCCGUUCUCUACACAAUGGAUCCAGACGUUGAAACUAACACAUAUUCAUUAGCACAGCCCGAGGGGUUCUCUGCCACGAUUGAUUCUACCAUCCCAUAUCUCAUCUUGCCCGAUGACGUUUGCGACCAGUUUGUAACCAAAUUCGGGUUGCAGUUUGACAACAGCAGCCAGCUAUUCCUCGUGAAUUCCACUUCGCACAAGACCAACCAGCGUCAAAAUGCUACCGUGUCCUUCAAGAUUGGCGCAGGCCCUUCUGCUAGCAACAAAUUCACGUCCAUCGUCCUGCCAUACGAAGCAUUUGUCCAACAGGCAAGCUUUCCUCUGGCUGUGCCUCAGGAUAAUACCCAGUACUUUUCCAUCAAAAGAUCCGCGGAUGGCAUGUUUGUCCUGGGCCGCACGUUUUUGCAAGAAGCAUACAUCAUUGUCGACUAUGAAAGGACCAACUUUACAGUCGCACCAGCGUUAUUCGCUGACCCGAUGCCUACACAGAGUCUCGUUACCAUCUUCAACGAGUCGUACACUGGAUUACAAGCUCCUCCGGAUCAUCCGAAAGCAGGACUCCCUACUGGUGCUAUUGCAGGGAUAGCAGCGGGCAUUGGUGUAGCUUUCAUCCUCGCUGCCGUUGGCGCAUUCUUCUGGUGGAGAAAGCGCCGCAGUCGGAAAUUGCAAAGCUUUGAGACCGAAAAACCGUCUGGAAUCGACACAACUGAUGCUGGCAUGGAAGUCAAGCAUCGUCGGAUUUCGGAACUCACUGGGUCCGAAGGUCCACUCUCACCAAAAGCCUCGACCGUGGGUUACUACAACCCUGACCACAAGUCAAUACCCCUGAUCAGUGAGAUGUCGCCAGAGAGUACCCCCGCCGAACUUUACAGUCCCUCAUCUGAAGGCCGUGAUGGUACCGAUUAUUUCGCCGCUGGCGGGGGGCGACGACAGGGGGGGACAAGAGACCGCGGGCCAUCAAACGUCAGCACAUCAUGUACGCCCAUUGCUGAGCUGCCUGGGGAGGGCGUAAUGCAAGAAGUUUCGCGCACAGGACCAGAGGCACCGAGGUCGUCCCAGAAUCCCCCGCACAGCCGCAGUCCAAGCGACAGUUCGCUUGGAACCAACAUUGAUACAGUUCUCGCGAACGACCGAGCCAAUGAAUCGAACCGUAAUAUGGGCACGGCAGGUCUGGGCUCUGAACCAUCGGAAACUGCAGAUGAAGCGGCGGCCGCAAAAACAAGCGCAGCAGAAGAGAAUCAACAGCAGUCGACUAUUGAACGACGACCAUCACACGCUAGAGGACUAAGUGACAUUACGAUCCAGAGUGAAAGCACAGCAGUCUCUCAGCCCACUACAGAAGAGUUGGACCGCUGGGCAACAAGUGGGGAUGAUGCAUCGCGGCCGAUGUCUCCCUGACACAUACAAUGGACAUACUCGGGCAUACCUUGAGGAUUUCACAUCGGCGUUUCCUCCGUGCCUGUCAUGCAUUGGUCCUGCUUUGAAAGGUCUCUCCGGAUUUUCCUGUUCUCCUGGUACCUUUUUCAGUGUCUCUCAGUUUGUCGGAGCUACUAUGAUCGAUUUCGACAUGUUCCUCUUAUUAGAACGACCCAGAUACCUACUACUGCUAUACCACCACAUUCGCUAGUAUAAUAUGUAAUCUAUUACCAUUUCCCAUUUUCACGCCAAUCACUUCAUGCCGUCCUACACGAAGUCCGUCUUGGGAACAAAGAAAUCUUCAAUGUAAC